AUGAAUGGCCCUCAUACCGGGAUGGGGGCCCCGGGUCCCCGCGGGGCUCCAGAUCUCUCAGACUCGCCCCGCAGCGAGCAACACUCCCGGCUGUUUGCACGCGAGGCGGGGCGCGGGACUCCCUCGGCCCCAGGUGCCCCGAACCCCUCGGCGGCGGAAUCGAGCCGCAGGCAGGGCGGCGCCCGCGAGGACCGCGGGAAGGGGGAGAACGCGGACUGUGAUUCCUGGGUCCGAGAUAAAGUGCUCUUUCUUUUGCACCCGGAGAGGUGGUUGGGGACUCAGGGGGACGCCGCGCGGGAAGAGGUGGCCGAUGAGGAGGACCUUUUCAAGGCGGAAGGACAAGACCAGGCACCCAACUGCUCUCCUCCUCUCUUUCCACGGAAAAUUCGAAUUUCUGGCAGCCGUGUAGACGCUCCCUCUCGAGCUCCCAAACCCCUGCUCGUGCGCGUCUUGGAUUAUGAGGUGACACGGGAAGUCCUGGAGGUCGCUUGGGCGAAGGGCAGCCUGACCACGCUGACAGAGGAGCGCUCCAUGGCCGCGGUCACUUUCCGCACCAACAGGGAGUGA